AGUCAAUCAACUUUGGGCGCUCAAAGCGAGACCCAAGCAGAAGCUGGUCCCAGCGCCACAUCCUCGAGAUCUUCCGAGCCUUCUACACAAUCAUCGUCUCAGGCAGGCGGCACGAGAGGUCAAACAGCGCAAGCAGCGACCUUGGUGGAACAGGCGGAUAUGCUGUCGCAUCUUUGUAGCGUGGCCGCCGCAGCUACAGCGGCUUCGCUCAUAUCCGGACCAUCUGGUCAAGCCCCUGGAGGUAGCAACAGUGGUGCAGGUACUGGAUCGACCGCCGCAGAAAUUGCGCAGGGCAUUCGUGGAAAUAUGGACGGUAUCGGAUAUGGAAGGCGGGCAAUGGCCCCCUCAGCUGCUGCCGCUGCGCUUCGACGUGUGAGCGCUCAGCCCUCCAGCGCAGCACGUGCCGAGGCCUCUUCUCCGAGUAGCACUGUUCCAGAAGGAUCGUCAGACAGACUAGGCGCUCAUCGUCGCGCAGGUGUCCCGCCAGUGUGGCCUUUUGAGGGGCCUUUCUUGCCAUCUAGCCGGAGCACCGGCCAACGCGCAUUGCACCGCGCAUCUGGAAGCACCAGCGGUAGAACCCGUUCUUCGAUCAGCUCCGUUCGAUCUUCUGCCUCGAGCGUCGUCCGCUCUGCCCUUCGCCACUUUGCACACGGUAUCGGUGGGGUCUUUAGACGUAAUCGCACUUCCGCGAAUGCUCGCGAGGAGGUCUCGACCACUUCUUUGUCUUCCAACAAUGGCGCUGCAGCGCAAGAGCGCAGUUAUAGUUCUCCUCAAGCCAUGUUGCGCGGCGAGCGAGGCGCGACUCGAUUGGCGCUAAUCAGCCUCGUACGAAACAUCUUUCGUCGAACGCAACGUGGCACGUUCCUUGCCAGCCCCGAACCUUCUUUCGCCUCUCAGACGCCUGAUGAGAGCAGGAUCGGUCCGACGCUCGCGCGCGCCGGUUCGUUUCUAGCCGGACACGCCCGCGGACCAUCGAAUGAGUCGCCACGGCGCUCGCUGCUGGACAUCACCUCGGCUUCCGAUGCUGCGGCAGAGAGAACGGGACAGAGUCCUCAUGAAAUGGCGGCGCUCUUGGAGAGAGCCAGGGGAAGGGAACUGCAGCAGGGCCAAGAAGGCUCCUGGGAGCGCUUCAUGUACAAUUUGUCGCGCGAUCUUGCCGCUGCUGUGAGGGAUCUACCUGCUCCUCCCUUAGGUGGCCCGACCCAGGGCGAGUCGCAGAGAAGUGCUGCUCAGCAAAGCGAACAAGAGUCAAACACUGACGGGAGCUUGCCCAGAAUGUACAUGUCUGAUGGCAGCAUUGACGACGAGACGCGCACGCGACGUCAGCAGGACAUUCAGCAUGGCCAAUUGGCCUUCUACCGUCUGUUCAGAUUCAACCCUACACCCGUGCCGGCGUCUGCCCAGACAGACGACCAGAAUUCGACGCCCUUUCAGCCGAGUGCGACGCCCUCGGGCCCGAGCCGCGCUCGAGCCAGCAGUCUGCCGCCUUCAGGGUCUGAAGACGCUAUCCACAGGCUCCCGUGGCGCCAACAAGCGACAUUCGGAUCGGCCCCCCGCUCUGGAGAGCAGAAUGCGCAAACAUCCCCAUCUGCCCUUGUCCCGUGCGUCGUGAUCGGCGUUCGCUCUUUGGGGGCAGACGAGCCCGGGGGUCUCUUUGGCGUGCCCGUAGACCCUCAAUUACGAGACGCUCCGCCUGGAGCUGCUGCUGCUGCUGCCACAGGCGAGCGGGCUCAGAGCGCCAAUCCAUCAGCGGGUGGCGAGGCGAGGAGCAACGUCGACACGAGCACGAGCGCAGAGGCUGAGAGCGCGCCGGACACAAAUUACGCGAGAUACCUUCUCUUUAUUGGAGGCGGAACGUACAGUUCGGAUCAUCCUUUGCUGCAGGCUAGCCCGUCCCGCGCAGCUCAAGAUCUCAUGUUGGCCAUGGAGGUGAGCCAGCGGCACGGAUCGGACUUCUUGUGUGCCUAGCUGACGAGUGGUUGCUUUCUAGAUCCUUUCCCGCGUCAAUGGAAUGCGCUCUCAGCCAAACACUUUGACGCAAGAACAGAUCGAGAGCGCCAAUCUCGUUCGACUUGUGCCAACACGGGACACUAUCGCAAAGCACGUAGCGGAAGGAGACUUGCGUGAGAAUACGGCCGAAAAGUGUUUGAUCUGUCUCGAGGAUUGGGAGAGCGCCUGCAAUGCGGCUUCGGAGGCGCGAGAAACGGAUGGCUCGUCCAAGGAACACGAGGCUAGAUUGCUCAAGUGCGGGCACCUGUUCCACGCUCAUUGUGUUGAUCAGUGGGCCAAGUCAUCUAGCGUGAGU